AUGGAAAAAUCUGGGAUGCCCGAGGCUUCCAGGCCCCUGGCAAGCAAUGAGCAGAUCACCGAGGCAACAGUGCCUAGUUCUAAACUGUUCCACUGCAGCUGGGUUCCUUUGGCCUACAGAGAGGAGCUCUACUACGUCCUGCGCCUGACUGGGCCUCUGCUCAUCUCCAGGAUCCUUUACUUCCUUCUGCCUUUUGUCAUCACAAUAUUCUGUGGUCACCUGGGAAAUGCUGAAUUGGCUGGAUACGCCCUGGCCUCUGCGACUAUUAAUGUGACUACAACAGCCACAGGAUGCGGCCUGGCUCUUGCCUGUGACACACUUGUCUCUCAGACAUUUGGCAGUAAGAACCUGAAGCGAGUGGGGGAGAUUCUUCAGAGAAGUAUACUGAUCUUGUUACUAUUUUGCCUGCCAUGCUGGGCCAUACUCAUCAAUGCAGAGUCAAUACUCCUCGCUUUGAAGCAGGAACCCGAGGUAGCCAGGAUUGCACAUCUGUAUGUUAUGGCUUUCCUGCCUGCUGUUCCUGCCAUGUUUCUGCACCAUCUUCAGGUGUCUUAUCUGCAAAACCAGGUCAUCAUCCUGCCUCAGAUGUACACGGCAGUUGCUGCCAACAUUUUAAAUGUAGCCACAAACUACAUCCUCCUGCAUGGGAUGAAGCUGGGAGUGAUGGGCUCUGCUGUAGCCAACAGUAUCUCACAAAUCACCAUCUGCCUCAUGCUGUUUGCCUACAUUCGCUGGAAAAAACUGCACGUGAAGACAUGGGAUGGCUGGUCUACUGCAUCACUGCAGGAGUGGGGCUCCUACAUGAAACUGGCGAUUCCCAGCACGCUCAUGCUGUGUUUUGAAUGGUGGAUCUAUGAUAUCGGAGGUUUCCUUGCAGGCAUGCUGGGAGAGGUGGACCUUGCUGCCCAACAUGUGUUGCUGGAGAUGGGCACAAUUACUUACAUGUUUCCGUUGGGUGUGCAUGCAGCCGCAUGUGUGCGUGUGGGCAAUGCGCUGGGGGCAGGAGACACAAACAGAGCCUUGAUGACCAGCAAAAUGACUCUUAUGAUAUCAGGAGUUUUGGCUGUUUUACAGGGAAUUGUACUGGUUUCCACUAAGUCUGUGGUGGGCUACAUCUUCACCUCUGAUGAGAGCAUAGUGGAGAUUGUCUCUGAAACUCUCACCCUCUACGUCUUCCUGCAGUUUUUUGAUGCUCUUGUGUGUGUAUGUUCAGGGAUCCUUCUGGGUGCUGGAAAGCAGAAGAUAGCAGCCUUGUCCAACUUGAUCUGUUACUACUGCAUUGGGCUACCUGUGGGAAUAUCACUGAUGUUUCUGGCUGAGCUCAGGAUAUUUGGUCUGUGGCUUGGACUCUUGAUAUGUGUCAUUAUUCAGACCUGUUUAUUCACCACUCUCAUUUUCAAGCUUGAUUGGAAGAAAGUGACAGAGGAGGCCCAGAAGCGUGCAGGCAAAAAUGCAAAGGUGGUGUGUGUGCUUCCGAAGACAUUAAUCAGACAGUCAGUACUUGAUACUUUGGUUUCUGAAGGACAGGAGAACACAGAACAAACACCUGAUUUUGUAGCUUCUGCAAGUAUUCCUGAACCUUGGGAUGACAUCACUGGCAAAAAAGCCCAGCUAACAAGUAAUGGUUCUGAUGCUGCCAGUUAUGUUCGAGUGAGUACCCAAGAGCAGUGUAAUGCUGAAAGUGGGGGACUAGCAGUGGCGAGUGAAACUGGAGAAGCUCAACCUAAAGUAUUGCUCUCUAUGAGCCAGCUUGUGUUAAGAAGGGGGCUCACACUGUUGUCUGGCAUCCUGAUCCUGAUAGCUGGAGUUACUGUUCACAUAGCCUGUCCUCUUCCAGACCCAUUCAUUCCAUCUCAGAGCAACCUGACAAUGGAAUGGAGGAACUUCUCCAUCCCUGACACCUUUCUGAAUUCUACAGCAAGCUAGGAACGCUCCAGCUUAAUGGAAUAGCUCUCCAAUAAAGUAAAAAUUAUGAAAUUAUUUACUCACCCUUAUGUCAUCCCAAACUGGUAUGACUACCUUUCUGGUAUGACUUGCCUUUUCCAUAAAAGUAUCAUAAAAUUGGUCCAUAUGACCCAUGCACUCUUUUUUAAGCCAUAUGCAUAGCUUUGUGUGAGGAACAGACUGAAAUGUGUCAUUAUUCCCUGAAAAUCUGCACUAGCUUGAAUUGGCAGGGUCAUAUGAGAAGUAGCAAUGUCAGAUUUGUGAAUUAAUUUUUAUUUUGCCUCGUCUGUGAAUUGGUUGAUCCAGUUCGCUCUUUUAAUGUCAGUGAAUAACAACUUAAAUUUAGGUCUGUUCUUCACACAAAGCUCUCAUAAGUCAUACGAUUUGGAAUGACAUGGGAGUGAAUAGAUGA